GAAGGAAUUUUUCACAUGGAGCUGCUGCCCUUGUCGGUAAGCAAGAACUAGAUCAUAGCCAAAAAGGAAGAUUGGUCCGAUUCGUCAUGCCUCCAGAGAAGAUAAAGAUCGAGCCAAAAAACAUCGAUGCUGCAGCAGGAGAGAUACUUGGUGUUUUGGAGGACACAAGCAAAGGAAAUCUGAUCUACUUCAAGGGCUGGGAGGGAUUUGGAGCAUCGGCUAUUCUCAAUCUGGUAGCUCAACGCCUGAAAUCAUCAACAAGACAGAACAAGUUUGAUAUAGUUAUCCAUGUGGAUUGCUCAGUAUGGAAAAGCAUGAGAGCCCUGCAAAAGGCAAUCGCAGAGGAGUUGGAGCUUCCGCAUUCGGUAAUGGCCAUCUUUGAUCGGUGUGAGGAGGACGACGACUUCAGUGGGAUAGAUGAAGGCUCCAGAGGGGUGAUAGCAGAUAUCAGAAGGGAAAUCUUCAGAAAACUUGUUAACAGUAUAUUUGUGGUAGUUUUUCACAACGGGAGCAGAAGGUACAUUGAUUUGUAUGAUUGUGGUGUCCCAAUAACAACAUUUUUGAGUAACAUGAUGUUGUGGACCUGGCACGGGAGGUUUCGGGUCGAUCUCGAUCGAAUACUAGAAGAUGGGGAACAUGGAAAGAUGAAGAGUCAGACAGAUGUUCUCUUAUAUGCUUCUGCGCAACUUGAAGAUGAGGAAAUACGAGAUCUACUGCAUGAAGAGGCUUUGGAGGUUGCCAGGUGUGCGGGCAUUGUUAAGCCCGAUGAUAUAAGCCACAAGAUAGUCACGGAGUGCCUCAUAUACAUGACAAAAAUUGCUACGGACUUGAAGACACAUGCACCAAACUAUUGGAUCUGUGAUGGUAUUAUACAGGGCCAAGACAAUGCAUCAGCAUGGGAUAUUGGCAAUUCUCUCAGAAACAUGUGCUUGGAUGUUGAGUUAACAUAUAGUGAGGAAACAGCUCCCAUGCUACAGGUGUCGGGUGAUUUACUUGUUAACCGCUGGAAUUUCACCACCCACAAAAAACUCCUAAAGGAUAACACUCGUGUGCUGCCUCCUCAGGUGACAUCAUUCUUCCUUUCUGCAGAUGAGCCACCAAGAAAUACAACAUCAAUACUACCAGUUGGCAUGUUCCAACAUUCACAAAGCAGCAAGCUACGUGUGUUACAUCUGUCUCAUUGCACCUUCAGUUUUGCAUCUCCUCCCUUCGUUCAUUGUGUCCAACUAAGAUUGCUCCAUCUGGACCAUUGCACGAAUAUCACAGACGAUGAAGAGCAUCCAAGCCACAAUGAAAACAUGACAUGUUCCCAGAAGUUAUGGGUUCUGGUUUUGAGGUAUACAGAUUGGUAUUGGCUUCUAUCGGAAAAGAUGAUGAGUUUAAUGACUGACCUCAGGGAGUUGAAUGUGGAGGGAGCCAAGCAUUGGAGCAUAAGCGAUUUGUGUGGUGAUAUUCCUAGCCUUGUCGUACUUCGAGUAACAGCCAACACAGUCACAAUUCAUUCACAAGACAUCAUAAAAAAUAAUGGUGCAUCACUCCUCAACUUGUCCAAGGCAAGUCUCCUGAAGACAGUCAGCCUUGAGAGUUGUGCUGAAUUGGAACAAGUCACCCCUUUCAUGUUACCCCCAUUGCUUGAGUCAUUUAGCUUCAUCAACAGUGGUGCUACUGCUGCCAAGAUAUCUUGUAUCUCCUUUCGGGGUUGUUCUCAGUUGAAGAAUAUACUUCUCAGAGGAAAUUUGGGGCGCCUGGGGGAGCUGGACCUCUCGGACACGGCAGUGAAAACCCUUGACCUCGGAGAAUUGGAAGCUCCAAACCUAAAGUGUUUCAUACUGCUGGGCUGCAAGAAGCUCCGUGCAAUAUUAUGGCCACCGGAAGAUAAAAGGACAUGGGCGUUGGAGAAGUUGCACAUCAGCACCGUCCAACUUGCAUCACCAAGCCAGAAUAAUUGGGAAGAGAAGACCAAUGAGGCUAGUGUUGCUGGAGGAUCAUCAUCCAUCUUUGCUUUUGGGGAAUCCCAACUAGGCACCAGGCAAAUUGCAUCUUUUGACUUUAAUCGGUACAUAUCUGUUGUGGAUCCAAGGCUCAUGUGGUCUCUUAUGCCCUUUCAGAAAGAAAUUGAGGGAAACUUUGUAUACAUGGAGAUUGAUUCAUCUCCUGCCAGUGGAGCUACUGUUGGUGGCCGUGAAGUUGCUCAAGGCAUCGGGAGCCAGCAGCAGGUUGCUCAAUACUUAUAUGCAAGAGAUGUCUUUCAAGAGCACCCGCAAGCUGUCACUGCUAUCGAAGGUGUGACCAGCUGGAUGUGGGCUUGCCCACCUAUUCCUACUCCAAGACCUCAAGACUGGUACUUCCACAUGCAAGAUGAAGAGAAGAUGGAGAGUGGAUCGUUACAGGAACAACACAACACUCGGAGGAUUAGUACCAGUGUUGCUUUAGCCCCUGUUUUGAUGUGUGAUAAUGCACGGAUGCUGUAUGUGCAUGAUAGCUAUUCCACCACUUGCAUUCCAUGCCCACAAGGUGCAAAGUGGUGGUAUCUUGAAUGGUGCCGAGUUGAGAGGUGCCCCAAGCUUUGCUUUGUCUUUGCUACUCCCCAACUAAGUAGUGGGAAGCAAACCUUUUUCUAUCUGUCUACAUUCUGGGCAUCCCAGCUCCCUAUGGCGUGCUACAUCUGGAACUGGAGUACAACAUACCAACCAAGUGUAGGAUCCUUCGAAUACCUAGUAUUAUUGCACCUGGACAAUUGCCCCAGGCUCAAACAUGUGCUUCCCUUGUCUGAGCAUAUGGACACCCUGCCUAGCCUGGAGACGCUCGAGAUCGUGUGCUGCGGUGAUCUGAAGGAAGUCUUCCCUUUGGACCCUAAGCGCCAACAGAAGCAGGAAAUUAUAAGAUUUCCCAACCUAAGAAGGAUCCACCUGUACCAGCUCUACACUCUACAGAGCAUCUGUGGGAGCAGGAUGUCAGCGCCCAACCUUGAGACCAUCAGAAUCAGGGGUUGCUGGGGCCUUACACGCUUGCCAUCUGUCAGUAGCAGCACCACCAAGCGGCCCAAGGUGGACUGCGAGAAGGACUGGUGGGACAACCUGAAGUGGGACGGUCUAGAGGCAAACCACGACCCUUCGCUCUAUGAAUCAUGCCACUCGCGAUACUACAAGAAGGCCCACCUGCCAAGGGUCACCGUUCUCAGGUAAUCAAAUCCAUCCAUGGUCGAUGAUGGCUACAGGACGUCGGCCCUAUGGCGCUACGGUGCUUAAUUUGCCGAAGCUUUCUCUGAAGUGUGCGUCCGUGUGUGUUGUUGCCUUACUUGAUGCUGCUUGAUUGGUCCGUUUGGUUGUGUGAAAUCUGCAUCUGCAUUGCCAUUGGUUUGGUGAUGCGUCUUCUAGUUCAGUCUGACUUGGUUUAUCUUGAUCUUGUUUGUUUUGCUCAUAUUUUCUUGAUGAAAGCCAUAUAGGCUUCAAAGUAAGCAUGCAUCAUUUGGUUGGAUAGAUGAUGAAGGGUACACGCUUUGAGAGAAAUAAAUAAGAGAGGGCAUUCAGCCUAUGCUGCAUGAGCACCCUGCCUGCUCAUGCUGCUGCUAUCCUGUUGCUCUCCAUUUG